AUGCUAUUACCGCACAGAAGCGUAGUUGUCUCGCAGCAUUAUUUUCUCAGUACAUAUCAGAAGGAAGGCCAGACUAUUCCUGAAUUUGUAGCUACACUGCAAAGUGACCUAGCAGAAUGCAAAUUUAAUGUUACCUGUGAAUGUAAUAAAGUAGUCUCUGCUGCCAAUCUCUUUCUCAGGACACAGUUUAUCAGAGGUCUUAAAGAUAAUUGGAUUAAGGAACAACUUCUCCAGGCCAAUAUUACUGAAUUCUCGGAAUUUUUAACCAAAGCAAUCGCAUUAGAAGCUUCCAGACUCGAAACUCAGGCACUCUCUAAGCAACAACCUUCAACGGGAAAGGACACAUCCGAUAUUCAUAAAAUCUCUUCCCAGAAUAGAUCCAGACGCGACCAACACCAAUAUCAAAAAAAUUGUACUCGGACACGGCCAAAAACACCAAAUUAUCGCCAUCGCUCAUAUUCCAGACCAAAAUCAAAAUCCAGGAUUGAUUAUAUUACUCUCGAUAUUGCAGGAUUAUGUCUCAGGUGUGGUAAGAAUAACCAUCACAUAAGUGAAUGUCAAACGGAUAGGUAUAAGCUCAAAUGUAACUCAUGCCAGAAAACAGGGCAUAUUGCAAAGGUAUGUAUCACAACAUUAUUGAACGAAAAAGGACUAAAAAAGCAAGCAAACGCAAAUGCUAGUUCUAAUAAUGGGGAAGACACUACAAAGUAUAUACAUGAUUCGAAUAAGAAUAUUACUCUCGGUAUUAAUAAAAUUUUUGUUGAUUCUUUAGAUAGUAAACAAAAUUGUGCAAUUAUUGAUUUAUAUGACAGCUCAGCCGAACGAAUUUCAACAAUUGACGCACAAAAGUACUUCACAACUGUACUUCUAAAUGGGAAACCAGCAGUAUUCGAAGUCGAUUCCGGAGCGGGAUAUACACUAUUACCAGAAAACGAAUUCCGGAAAUUAAAUCUCAACAUAUCCUUGACACCUACUAAUAUAUGUUUUCGAACUUAUACUAAUGACAUGUUUUUUUCUAAGGGUAAAGCAAACAUCGAAGUUUCAUAUAAAAAACACCAAUCAUCAGAAGAAAUAUAUGUUGUACCAGAAGGUCGUCCAGCCAUCCUGGGCCGCAUAUGGAUACGCCGCUUAGGAAUAAAACUCGAAGAUGUUGAUACAGACAUGCAAACUGGUUCGCGGACCUCUACUCCUGGAUCAAUUUACUCGAUUAAUGAUCUUUUUACACAAUAUUCAAAUGUUUUUGAACAAAAGAUAGGUUGUAUUCCAAAUCACACAGUUCCUCUGAAAUUACGCGAAAAAGCCACUCCAGUCUAUACUAAAGAACGUAAUGUACCUUUCGCUCUGCGCGAACGAGUUGAAAAAGAACUCGAUAAUCUAGAAAAAGCAGGAAUUAUUUCAAAAAUAGAUGCAAGUGAUUGGGGUUCGCCUCUAGUAGUGAUUCCAAAAAAGGAUGGGGGCGUACGCCUAUGCGUCGAUUAUAAAGUUGGGGUAAAUGAACGUCUAGUGACGUCAAAACACCCAUUUCGGAACAUCCCGGACAUCCUCAACAAUCUACGACAUUCUAAAUACUUUUGUAAACUUGAUAUUUAUAAGGCAUACUUACAUGUGCCGGUAGACUAUACUAGCAGCCAAAUUCAAGCAAUUACUACACAUCGUGGUACGUAUCGUGUGAACAGAUUGAGUUUCGGAAUAAAAGUAGCACCAGCUGAAUUCAAUCGCAUAUUGGAGCAAAUUCUUCAAGAUUUGAAAAAGACGGAAUCUUAUUUCGACGAUGUAAUCGUGCAUGGCGCCACACAGGAAGAAUGCCUACAAAAUCUUCACGCAUGUUUAGCCCGGCUUCAAGUUUAUGACCUCCACAUAAAUCGAGGAAAGUGUAUUUUCUUCGCAGAAAAAAUCGAAUACCUUGGUCAUGUAGUCCAACACAACCAGAUCUCAAAGUCUCCAGCAAAAGUUCAAGCAAUACUUGAAAUGCCGCGACCCAAAAAUGUGGAAGAAGUUCGUCGGUUCCUAGGAUUACUUACAUACUAUGCACGGUUUAUUCCAGACCUUUCCACGAAAACGACACCACUCCGAACUCUACUUAAGAAGAACUAUAAUUUUAAAUGGUCAGCUACAUGUGAAGCUGCGUUCACGCAUCUCAAAAAUUAA